AACUGUUGAUGCCCGACAGAAAAUCGUCAUGGAUGCCCGUCUGAAACUAGGAGUAAGAGAUGCUAGAGAAAAACUGAGAGCCAAAGACGCUCGCUUCCGCAUAAAGGGUAAAUUGCAGCAGGAUGCCCGGCAAAUGCUGAAUUCCAGGAAGCAACAGGUGCCGUUGGGUGACAACCCUGCUAAAAUGAUGGACGCACGGGAAAAGAUAAGUCUUAAGAGGCGUGGACCAGCGGUGGCUGACAAACUGCCAAAUUUUUCGGCCUCUUCCGGAAUAAACAUCACCAAGACAAUCCAGAUCCUACAAGAGAAAUCAAGCCACGCAGUUGUCACUCGCCCCAUGAAAGGAAUGAGAAUAAAUGUUGUCACCCAACCCCCAGUCACACAGAUCUCUCCACAGCAAGAUGUGAGCGAUGAAGAGGACGAGGAAUCCGGUCAUAUUCCUAUGAAACAAAUAAAGUUUACAGCCGCUUAUACACAGAAGGGACAGACCAGGAUGUCGUUACCUCUCACCAAAGUGGUGCACAAUGAUGCUUACACAGUUCCUGUCGCUGCGGCCCCGGCACCUUCGCAGAGUACGAAAACCUUCAGCGGCGUGUCGCGCACGCUUGUCGCCAACGCAGCCCCGCCUUUGCAGCCCGUUCCAAAAACAGAGCCCGCUUGCAGCCCCCUGGAAGGCACGAAGAUGACCGUGAACAAUCUGCACCCAAAAGUCACCGAGGAGGAUAUCGUGGAGCUGUUCUGCGCGUGCGGGGCCCUGAAACGCGCCCGCCUGUUAAGCCCCGGCGUUGCCGAAGUGGUGUUUGUAAGAAAGGAGGAUGCCGUCGGUGCCUAUAAGAAGUACAACAACAGAUACUUGGAUGGACAGCCGAUGAAAUGUAAUCUGCAUAUGAAUGGCGCCGUGAUCACUUCCGAUCAGCCCAUCUUGUUGCGAUUAAGCGAUACGCCGUCGUCUUCGUCGUCCGCGAAGAAGAACGCGGAGAUGAAAAGGAAUUCUUCCUCCUCCAGCACUUCCAACCCGGUGGCCGAAGUUGAUCCGGAAACCAUCCUGAAGGCGCUCUUUAAAUCUUCAGGCUCCUCUGCGGCGGUCAACCCGACCGCAUUCAAGAUCAAACUGUGAAA